ACUGGGAAAUUGCGGUGGAGGGAUAUAUUACCCCACCAUGCGUGAACUAAAAUCGUCCAGUGUCUUUUUGUAAGCGGCUUAGGCCACUUGUAGAAGAAAUGCCUUUCCCGGUUUCUUACCUUAAAUGCGAAUGGCUCGCGGCCCCCAGACAAUACCGUAAGCAUACUUGCUGCAACUUAUUUGUAAUUCCAUGAUCGGUUAAUGUAAUAAGGCCUUACAAUCUAUUAGCGCAUGCGCGAACUCAUGUUAGUGGCGAGAACUGCAGUUGAAAUAGCAACGGUUAUCACACUGCAUGAUAUCAUUGAAGUAGAUAAGUGCCGGUAAACAUAGAACGUGACAUGCUUCAACGGUAAUUCUGUAAAUUUUACGAGCGUUCGAACAAGUAAAUCAACGUGAUUUAGGAAUCAAUACAUAUAUUGGUGUAUUGGGCGCCAGCCAUGGGUUGGUUCUCAAGCGGAAGAUGUACGAGCACGGCUCGACUGGAUGGGAAGACCGCGGUAGUCACGGGCUGCAACACGGGCAUUGGCAAGUACACAGUCCUCGAUCUGUACGGCAGAGGUGCUCGCGUGGUGAUGGCCUGCAGGAAUAUAGAAAAGGCGGAGGAGACACGAAAGUGGAUCAUUGAGCAGAAAGCUGGACAAAAAGGUGUUGGCGAACUGGCUGUGUGUCAUUUGGACUUAUCAUCUCUCUCCUCUGUGCACGAAUGUGCUGAAAAAUUAUACAAUGAAGAAAUGCGUAUAAAUAUCCUAAUCAAUAAUGCAGGGGUGAUGAUGUGCCCACGUUCAUUGACAACUGAUGGAUACGAACUACAGUUCGCUACCAACCAUCUCGGCCACUUCCUGUUCACACUCAAACUUUUAUUUAAGAUCAUCAGCUCAGGACCAUCAAGGAUCAUAAAUAUGUCAUCGUCUUCACAUCAUUGGUGUAAAUCAAUGGAUUUUAAGGACAUUAAUUUAGAAAAAUCAUACUCACCUCAGCAAUCGUACUUUAGAAGUAAACUCGCAAAUGUCCUUUUCUCAAGAGAGCUGGCGAAACGAUUAGAAGGGACAAAAGUGACGGUGUACAGCGUACAUCCCGGCGCUGUUGACGCUGAGCUCCAGCCGACGAGCUCUUCAAUAUGGAAAAUAUUUUAUUACAUAGCCAGCUUAUUCUUGAAGACUCCGGAACAAGGGGCUCAGACGACCAUCUACUGCGCUGUCGAUGAAAAGGCUGCCAAGGAAACGGGGCUUUAUUAUUCAGACUGCAAAGCUGAGACACCCUCCGCAAUGGCUCUGGAUGACCAGGUAGCAAUGAAGCUUUGGGAUAUCAGUUUGGACAUGGUCAAAUUGUCACCUCCAUGGCCUUUUGGCAAGUCGUCCACUGCAACACGAUCCAAAGAAAAUGUUUGAUUAGAUUUUAAGAUCACUAUUUUCCCUCUGUCAAUGUAUUUAUUGUUUAAUCAAUGUAAUGUGACAAAGAAAAAUAAAUUUUUACUUCAACAUAAUAGCAGAAAUUUUU